AUGAAUAUUUUACCAUGAGAGAGUCUUCACUGUUUUCCAUUGUGAAGCUUUUUUUCCUACCUACUGAGUGUUUAACAGCUAAUUAUUCCAGAAUGAAGAAAGGACUGCUUAUUGGCUUAUUUCUGUUCAGCUGUGCCUAUGGAACGAUCCUCAAAACUAAAGAAAGCAAAAUAAGGACAAAGGAAUCUCAGCUGCCCUGGAAUAGUAGAGUGCAUCCCCUGAAUAUCACUGAGAACAAUGGCACAUAUUCAACAGCCAUAAAAAUGCCCGUUGAUCCUGAGAAUGAUACUGAACCUCCUCGGAGGACAAAGGAAUCUCAGCUGCCCUGGAAUAGUAGAGUGCAUCCCCUGAAUAUCACUGAGAACAAUGGCACAUAUUCAACAGCCAUAAAAAUGCCCGUUGAUCCUGAGAAUGAUACUGAACCUCCUCGGAGGACAAAGGAAUCUCAGCUGCCCUGGAAUAGUACAGUGCAUCCCCUGAAUAUCACUGAGAACAAUGGCACAUUCUCAACAACCAUAAAAAUGCCCGUUGAUCCUGAGAAUGAUACUGAACCUCCUCGGAGAAAAAUGCCCGUUGAUCCUGAGAAUGAUACUGAACCUCCUCGGAGGACAAAGGAAUCUCAGCUGCCCUGGAAUAGUAGAGUGCAUCCCCUGAAUAUCACUGAGAACAAUGGCACAUAUUCAACAGCCAUAAAAAUGCCCGUUGAUCCUGAGAAUGAUACUGAACCUCCUCGGAGGACAAAGGAAUCUCAGCUGCCCUGGAAUAGUACAGUGCAUCCCCUGAAUAUCACUGAGAACAAUGGCACAUAUUCAACAGCCAUAAAAAUGCCCGUUGAUCCUGAGAAUGAUACUGAACCUCCUCGGAGAAAAAUGCCCGUUGGUCGUGAGAAUGAUACUGAACCUGCUCGGAGUCUCAUUUCCAGGACAGUACUGCUAUCCCAAUGCCUCCUGCCAACUUGUUUGUUGACCAACCUAGGGUCAUCGCUUCAGUAUGGGGAUGAGACAGCUGGUGGAUUAACCAAAGAUCCAGCAGGGAUUGGCAAGAAAUGAAAGAAUGAAUAACACCAGUGCAGUACACUGUCUGGUUAAAUGGACGAUACAGUAAUGCUUAGAACAAACUGCCCAGUAUUUUAUCACUCAUGGUUAUUAUAGCACACGCACGCACACACACACACACACAUGCACACACACACACACACACACAAGCAUACACACACAUGCAUGUACACAUAGACAUAUGCAUAAACAUACAAAUGCGCACACAAAAACACAAAUAUACUGAGGCACACCCACAUAUGUGCUCCCAGCCAUGCUCCAAAAUGCUUGUGCUGACACAACGUUAUAAUUUGCAAAGAAAAACAGAUGUCAUUUAUUGUAAUUGGUGUCAAAAUCUGUCAAAUCCACAAAUGCAGUCCUGGUGUUUUACUCAAUAUUUAUGUAUUCAAUUAUCUAUUUUACUUAUUUAAUCUGAAGACAUUUUAAGUUAAUUUAAUCAGUAAGAAAAGUGCACAAUCACUUUUGUCCAUGUGGGCAUUACCUGGCUACAUUAAUUAUAUGUCGAGUAAAUUUUGAAUUCUGCGUUGUGCUUUAUGUUACCCCUCCAUUAAGUGCAAAUAAAUAAACUUUUGCAACAUUGCA